CUGUGUUAUAAAGCUGUUGGUGCUGUGGUGUGUCUGCAGGCAGUGUCCCCGUGUAGUGUUGAUGGAGCUGGCAGCCCCGUCGUGUGGUGACACGUGUGCAGCCAGCAUCCUGUCCUCAAACCUGGCCUGUUGGGCCCUGCUGGAUGCUUGGUCCCCAGGAGCCUGGGGGAACCGUUACCAGGUGGGAUACACUGGGUUGCAAGGAGGACCUGCGACCCACGCUGGGGCUUGUGUUGCAAAAAGACCCCAUCCUUUUCCAGGAGGAAGGGAGAGACUUCAGUGGCUGCCAAGUGGAGCUGGCAGGAAACCUGCGGGCAGAGCUGGUGCCAUCUGCCUGCCCAGCUGUGCCAUAUCAGCUUUGAUUUGGGGGUUCCUGCUUCAAGGGUUCUCCACUGGAAUCAUGUGCAAGUAUGUGGCAGUGGAGCUGAAAUCUGCUUUUGAGGAGACUGGCAAGACCAAGGAGGUGAUUGACACCAAGUAUGGCUUCCUGGAUGGGAAGGGUUCUGCCGUCAAGUACACGCAGUCGGAUAUCCGGUUAAUCGAGGUGACAGAAAACAUCUGUAAGCGGCUGUUGGAUUACAACCUGCAUAAAGAGAGGAGUGGCAGUAACAGAUUCGCAAAGGGCAUGUCGGAGACAUUUGAGACCCUGCACAACCUGGUGCACAAGGGCGUCAAGGUGGUGAUGGACAUCCCCUAUGAGCUGUGGAACGAGACCUCUGCUGAGGUGGCUGACCUCAAAAAGCAGUGCGAUGUGCUGGUGGAGGAGUAUGAAGACGUGAUCGAGGACUGGUACAGGCACCACCAGACGGAGGAUCUCUCCCAGUUUCUCUGCGCUGACCAUGUCCUGAAAGGGAAGGACACAAGCUGCCUGGCAGAGAAGUGGAGUGGCAAGAAGGGUGACUUGGCGAGCGUGCGGGAGAAGCAGAGCAAGAAAAAGAGCAGGAAGAAGAAGAAGGGCUGGAAGGAUGAAAGUGAGGGAGCUGCCGGCCUCCCGGCAGCGGGGGAGGCCCUGGAGGAGAGCGGGGUCCAGGAGGAGGCUCCGCUUGCCCACAGCCCGGCCGAUGAGCUGUAGGUGUGGGGGCUGCCCUGCCGCACCCUGUGGGUGACAAAGGAAGAGGGACUGGCAUUGCAGCGUGAGCGACUGCGGGGAGUCUGGACCAAUCUCCGGGUGGCCGGAGGGCCCGGCCCGGCCCAGCCCAGCCUUGCCAGCCCGGGUGCGGUCCCGCGAGCAGCGGGGUAAGGGGGGCCGCUCACGGAGCC